CAGCAACGCCAGCAACGACCUCACGCUCACGCCCUGACACCACCGCCGCCGGCCCAUGGAGUGAUCUCCUCCGCCGCCACCCUUCCACCGAACAUCCCUCUCCGCUCUGUGGCCAUGGCGGGCCUUCCCACCAACGCAAUGGCUCUGCAACGCCAACUCUGCCGCCCGACUGCAUCCUCCCUCACCACCAAACUCACAAAGUCCGCCAUCGCGCCCACGCAAUGUCGAAGGAACCUGCAGGACAUUGUCAUCACACGUACUGGCAAGCCAAUCAUCAGGCUACCGGGUGGACGAAGCUCCCUCGGCGGCCAUACCGCCACCGUCUUCGGCGCAACGGGCUUCCUGGGCAGAUAUAUCGUGAAUCGGCUGGCGAAGAAUGGAAACACGGUCGUGGUUCCCUUCCGUGAGGAGAUGGCAAAGCGACAUCUCAAAGUUACGGGCGAUCUGGGUAGAGUGGUUUUCAUUGAAUAUGACCUGCGCAACAAGGCCUCCAUUGACGAGGCCGUGCGACACUCGGAUAUCGUGAUCAACAUGGUCGGUCGCGACUACCCAACGAAGAACUUCGACCUUGCAGACGUCCACGAAGAAGGCACUCGCCGAAUCGCAAACGCAGUGGCCAAAUACGACAUCGACCGCUUCAUUCACGUCUCAUCCCACUCGGUCUCGCCCAACUCACCCUCAGAAUUCUACCGCACGAAAUGGAACAGUGAGCAGAUUGCACGCGAGAUCUUCCCCGAAACCACCAUUGUCCGACCGGCUCCCGCGUUUGGCUUUGAGGAUCGCCUGUUGCACCGCUUGGCCAAGGCUACCAACAUUCUCACUGCCAACAACAUGGAAGAAACCUUCCGACCUGUCCACUCCAUUGAUAUCGGCCGUGCCCUGGAAGUCAUGUGCGAGGACGACAGCACUGCUGGUCAGACAUACGAGUUGUAUGGACCAAAAGAGUAUACAAUGAAGGAAGUGUCAGAGCUUGUGGACCGUGAAAUGAUCAAGAAGCGAAGACACAUCAACUUGCCCAAGGCUUUCCUCAAGCCAUUCUUCGGCACACUCAACAAGCUUCUCUGGUGGCCUGUUGGAAGCACUGACGAAGUCGAGCGCGAGUUCUUGGACCAAGUCAUUGACAAGAACGCCAAGACAUUCAAGGACCUGGGCAUUGAACCUGGUGACAUUGCCAACUUCACUUACCAAUAUCUGCAACACUACCGAAGCUCAUCAUACUACGACUUGCCACCAAUGACGGAGAAGGAGAAGCGCGAGGAAAAGAAAUAUGUGCACGUUCUUGAUGACCAAUAGCGGUUGUACUGGUGAGUUGAUGUGAACGAUUAGACUCGCCUGGGCUCUGUUUCCGAGACAGGCGCUGUAUAUAUGAUACUAUCGACGGAGAAAAAGAUUUCAUUUGUCGCAGUCCCC